CAACCAAAUCCUAAAGAAGAAGAAGUCAACCACCUCGGUAUCUUGCUAGGCAACAAAGCUGAAACAUUGGUGCUCUUCAGACGCUUUCGGUGAUUAUUAGCCGCUGUGUUUUAAACUCAUUUUUGUCGUCUAGUUAGUUACUACCCCUUUCGUUUAAAUAUUCCGUUGUUAGUCAUCUAGCUAGCUGGUUAAGUUAGGGCUAGUAUUAGACGAGUUGCUAAUGCUAACUAGCUAGCAAGUUAGCAUCCCCGACCAUGAACUCACUAAGCUACUCCACCCAUGAGGAGGUCUGCUGGACGGAGAAAGAAACUCUGGUGAAAGAGGAGGAGGAAGAGAAAUAUGUUACAAUACAAAAACAAGUGGAGGGUGAGGCUGUUACCGUGAAAGAAGAAGAGAAAGACGUUUCAGUGAAAGGAGAGGAAGACUCGUUCAGAGUGAAAGAGGAAGAGGAUGUUACAGUAAAAGAGGAGGAUGUUACUGAAGAGAUGGAGAAUGCCGUUUUUGGAAUGAAGAAGGAUGGGGGGGAGGUGACUGUUACUGUGAAGGAAGAGGAGGAAGACUAUGCCGUUUUUGGAAGGAAGGAGGGGGAGGUGACUGCUACUGUGAAGGAAGAGGAGGAAGACUAUGCCGUUUUUGGAAUGAAGGAGGGGGAGGUGACUGCUACUGUGAAGGAAGAGGAAGAAGCGUUCAGAGUGAAAGAGGAGGAGGAUGUUACUCUGAAGGAGGAGAAUGCAGUUUUUGGAAUGAAGGAGGAGGGGGAGGUGACUGUUUCAGCAAAAGAAGAGGAAGAAGCGUUCAGAGUGAAAGAGGAGGAGGAUGUUACUCUGAAGGAGGAGAAAGAGGAGAAUGCCGUUUUUGGAGUGGAGGAGGAGGGGGAGAUUACUGUCUCAUUGGAGGAGGAGGAGGAGGAGGAGGAGAAAGAAGAAGAAGAAGAGACGACAGGAGAUCUGAUUAACGACGGAGAGAGACCAGACUCUCCAUCUGACAGCAGAACGAGUCCUUCAGGGGAACCAGACCCUGAGUCCCCAGCGAGGCAACACCACUGCUCCCAGUGUAAUAUGAGUUUUAAGUGGUUAUGGAAGCUGAAAGAGCAUGAAAGGAAACACACUGGAGAAAAGCCCUUCCAAUGCUCCCAGUGUGGAAAUAGAUUCUCACGAUCACAUGACCUAAAAUCACAUGAGAGGACACACACAGGGGAAAAACCUCACAAUUGCUCACAGUGUGGAAAGCUUUUUUCCCAUUUAGGGAACCUGAACAAACAUAAGAGAAUACACUCUGGAGAGAAGCCUUACCCCUGUUCCCAUUGUGGAAAGAAUUUUAGGUUGUCAGGUAACCUGAAAACGCACGAGAGGACACACACAGGGGAGAAACCUUACCAUUGCUCCGUGUGUGGUAAGGAUUUUACCAAGUUAGGGAACCUGAAAGAUCACGAGAAGAAACACACAGGAGAAAAGCCUUACCACUGCUCCAAUUGUGGAAAGAGAUUUUCAACAUCAUCAGACUUAAAAAAGCACGAGAUGACGCACACCGGGGAGAAAUCUUACCAUUGCUCUCAGUGUGGAAAUAGUUUCUUACGAUCACAUGACCUGAGAUCACAUGAGCGGACACACACAGGGGAAAAACCACACAGUUGUACCCAGUGUGGAAAGUGUUUUUUGCAUUUAGGGAACCUGAACAAACAUAAGAAAAUACACUCUGGGGAGAAGCCUUACCCCUGUUCCCAUUGUGGGAAAUUCUUUAGGUCAUUAGAUAACAUGAGGGAGCAUGAGAAGACACACGCAGGGAAGAAGCUUUACCAUUGCGUCUUGUGCGGGAAGAGAUAUUCACGAUCACAUGACCUAAAAUCACAUAAAAGGAAACACACGGGGGAGGAAAACACACAAUUACACACACAGGGGAAAAACCACACAGUUGGUCCCAGUGUGGAAAGAAUCACACGCAGUUAGAGAACCUCUUCCCAGUGAGGAAAUACAUUGUCCAAUUAAACACACAGGGGAGAAACCACACAGUUGGUCCCAGUGUGGAAAGAAUCACGCAGUUAGAGAACCUCUUCCCAGUGAGGAAAUACAUUGUCCAAUUAAACACACAGGGGAUAAACCACACAGUUGGUCCCAGUGUGGAAAGAAUCACACGCAGUUAGAGAACCUCUUCCCAGUGAGGAAAUACAUUGUCCAAUUACACACACAGGGGAGAAAUCACACAGUUGGUCCCAGUGAGGAAAUACAUUGUCCAAUUACACACAGGGGAGAAACCACACAGUUGGUCCCAGUGUGGAAAGAAUCACACGCAGUUAGAGAACCGUUCCCGUUGUGUGGAACUAUAUUUUCCCGAUCACAUGACCAACAAUUCACAUCAAAUCUAACCAAGCUGUAUUUAUUCAGCACAUUUCAGACAUGGAGUGGAACACAAUGGGCUUCACAGGGAAAAAACAAUAAGGGGAUUUGCUGAA